CGCAUGUGCACGGUGCGGCUACACUCAGCGACUGAACGACGCUUCAGUAGGGAACUAAGAGCGCUGGACAAAGCCACAAAAUGCAGUUUUGAGACCCGACCAUCGUAUAUUAUCCUGGAAAUGUAAUAAGAAGUGUGUGAUCGUUAAAUCAGUGCCUACGUGUCAUGCUGGCCUGUCUGCCGGUAUCAGCCCCCUCUCUUCAGCUUCUCACCCACACGCAGAUGAACACUGGACUUCAGAAAUGGGACACUACACAGAAGAUGCGAUCUGCACAGUAUCCCACGCCAGCAGAGUUGGAUGCCUAUGCUAAGAAAGUUGCGAACAACCCGCUGACUAUAAAAAUCUUUCCCAGUAACGUGAAGGUACCUCAGAGGAAGCAUCUGCGUCGUACAGUGAACGGUCUCGAUACCUCCAGCCAGCGCUACAGCCCCUACCCUACUCAGGUCAGCACCAGGACCGGCCUUUUGGCCAUAGUCAAAGUUCCUGUUAAAAGAAUUCUGGAGCAUCCUCAAGUCCGCUUCCUCCCCGAGAUCACCAUGAAUCCGCAGAAUGGACCCUACGGCACUCCGAGCACUUUAAAUCUGCCUCAGACUAUCUCGUGCAUGCAGGCUCUCUCCCAGCCACAUCUUCUGGCUCAGAAGAACAUCUCCCAUUCUCAGAGCUUGCAAACUCAAAAGAACCUCUUUCAUUCCCAGAGCAUGCAGACUCAGAAAAACCAUAUGCGUUCCCAAAGCUUGCAACCCCAGCAGGCUAUUUCACACCCCCAGAGCAUGCAGGAACAGAAGGCAGAGCCUCGUCCUCCUAGUUUGUUACAGCAGCAAAGUCUGGCCCAUCAACAAGCGGUCCAUCCAGGCAUACCUAGACAACAGACUGUGCAACAUGCUCUCAAUCAUCAACAUGUUCUCAUGCAGCAACAGUCAGGUCCUCAGAACCUCCAACACCUGCCUGAAAUGCCUCAGCACUCCCAUAGUUUUCCCCACUCUCAGCCCAUUCCUCAACCCCCUGGCCCAGGCCUGCCAGCCCCUAGCAAUUCCAUGCCUGGUGCCAAGCUCCCUGAUGCAGACGCCCCACCCAAUGUAACCGUGUCUACCUCAACCAUCCCUCUGUCCAUGGCGGCCAACUUGCACCAGAAGCAACCAGGCGACUUGAGCAGCAUCGUUCACCAGAUCAGCCGCUUCUGUCAGGCACGAGCCAGCGCCAGUGCCACAUCAGUGUGCGAAGGGCAGAUUGCCAACCCAAGUCCCAUCAGUCGUAACUUGUUAAUUGAUGCCAGCUCUCGUGUGUGUGCUCACAACCCUUUGCCCUCCUGUGUCCUCGGCAGCAACUCUGACAAACCUGCUCUGGCAUUGCCCAAUAUGGCUCCCAUAAACAUCAGACAUGCUUAUCAUGAGAUGAAACAACAGCCAGUUCAGCCCCAUUUACCACAGCAGCACCCCUGGAAUCAGCAGCUGGCUCAUCUCCCGUCCCUUGCGGACGGGCCUCAGCAAGGAAAGAAUCCGACCAGAGAUGCCUCAGCAGGCCCUGGAUUUCCAAGCAAGAAUAUGAGCUAUGCACAGGACAUGUGUAUGGGCCAGUCAUUUAACCUGAAGCCUUCUGUAGAUAAGCCUACACCCUCACCACCAGUUACUGCCAUGUCCGGAGCUGUGAAUUAUAGUAACGGGCAUUACUUGCAGCCACAGUGGAACGGCAUUUUACCUACGCCCAGUAGUGAUGGCUCAGGGUCUCAGGAUUUGGGUGCUCCGUUCCACACAGGCAUGUCAGGGGCAUCUACAGAAAACAGGACUCGAGCAGGCAACACAGGCCAGAUGAACUUGAUGCCCUCCAUGGAGUACUUGGGUGGGGAUUAUCAGGCGCCAUGCUUUCGGGAGCAGAACACAGGCAUGAUGGUGAAGAUGAGCAGGGCUCAAGAUUCCACUGAUGGUCGCAGUGUGCACAUUCAUCACCCAGGGUACAGAUGAGUAAUAGUUUGCUUAGGUGAGUCAUCAUUCAGUGUUAGGUUCAGUAUAAGAAAGACAUCUCUGCUCCUCAUUUUUUUGUUUUCAGUCUUGCAAAUGAUCUACUGUAUGUUUUCUCUAAUCAAAGCAAACAUUACUCAACUGAACUCUGUGCAAGGUUUCAAAUGGCCUCUUAUUUGUGUAGAUUGUGAAUCAGUCUUAGUGGGGUCGAUAUAGAAAUCUGUGUAAAUCCAAUAUUUAUUUUCUGUCGCAGGUGUUGAAAGCCACAUCUGCUUGUCUUUUUUCAGUUUUAUGUUCUACAGUUUCAUUCAGACUUACUCAUUGAUCAAUGCGGUAUAACGUCAGCUGUGUGACACGUCGCAUUUCUUCCUGUUUUCUUUUGGUGUAGUUCACUCAAUUUCAUUAGACGUGCUAAUACUGAUGGGCCCCACACCAAGCUGCCAUGUUUUUAAAAUGUGAGACUGUUUCUCCUGUGCCAUGCCCUGGUGUUUCUGGCACAGGGAUCAGAUGUUCCCUUUCAAUGUUUACAUGUUAAUUUGCACUUGUAACUUUGAAUCAGUUUUUAAAAAAGUGCAAAUCAGCGUUGGGUUAUGCACCUACACCUGACAAGACUGUUUAUUUUGAGGCUGAUGUUCAUAAAUUGGCCUCAAAACUAAAGAUUGGACUGUUACCGAAAGGCUUUCUCAGUGUGAAAUACUUCCUCUCUUAUUGCAUCAGUCACCUUCAGGGAUUGGUGGAGUUUCUCAAUCAUGCCAUUAGGUUUAGUUAUAGGUAUUAUCCAUCUAUCAUAAAGUAGAAACACCCUGGGAUUUAUUCUAAACCUGUGCACAUGGUGCAGAAUUUUAUUCUUUUUGCGUUAUUUGUGUUGCUUUUGAAAUACUUGAGUUUCUGAGAUAGUAACUAGUCACUACAGGACUUGUCAGGGUACGUGAGCCCAAUCAGGAUCUGCUUCUCUGUUUCAUGGUCCAUUGAGGUAGGUUUGUGUGGAAACAACCAGCUGAUCAGCCUGACAUUUAUGUCUAGCCCUUUUGAAUCUAUUGUCUGAUCAUAUUUCAGUCUCUAGGAAAAAGAAAUUACUUGAGCAUUAAUGAAUCGUUUGCAAAUUUUAUGGCAAUAUAAAAAAGGACCACAGGCUCGAUAACGUGAAGUGAUAUGAACAUGUGCCUCGUUGCUGUUCUACUGUAAUUGAGGGCUAUUAUGAUCCUUGCGUGAAUGUGGUGAUGAUGUGAACCGAACUGCCUGUUUGCUCCGUCAGUAGCGUCAUUCUUUCCUUUUUUCUUAGCAGCUAAUGAUCGUUUUGUAAAUGUAACCCAGGUUUUGAUACUUGUUGCUGAUUCAGGAGACUCAGGUGCCAAUGGGUGAAAAAGAUAUUUAGAACCAAACAAGUAAAUUAAUGUGUGUGGGUUUGGGGGGUAUGGUCCACAACAGAUUUUAGAUUUUUUCACAACAAAACUUGUGCUUUUGGGAACAGUCCUGUAUGCUGAGUGCCUCCCUUUCUCAGGUUUACCGGUGCCUCCUUACACAUCUUACAUUUUCCCACUUCAUGUUUCUGUUCCAGUGAUGUUAAGCUUGUACGUCUGAGAGCAGGCCAUCUGGUAUGUUUACCGUGCACACAGGCUGCUUUGGUGUAACUGAUGGAGCAAACACUAGGCAGUUUGAAGUUCACAUGAAUGACAUGCAGUAUGUUGGCCUCACUGGUUACCCCUUAAGAGCCUUAAGUACUUGUUUCUUUGACUGUCCUUGAUAACGGGCAUAGUGAAGA